AUGUGGGUGCGCAAUGUCCGUCAGCUCUACCAGAAGCACCGCAGUCACCUCAUCAUCGGCCUCCACCUCUACCGCCACCUCAACUACACAAAGUACGGCCUUGACGACAACCCGUUCUCCAUCAUCGUCCUUUGCGUCGGUGCAUCCUACCUAAUCUACAAGUUUAGGUUUAGUAUGUCUUACAAUGACUUCCAUAUCCAUAAGGUCCUGAUCGACUUCCUCAAGGAUCUGAAGAUCACGUUUGUAGGUGUUGAUAUCGUUCGAGACUCGAAGAAGCUCAAGAAGGACUACCCUAUGCUCUCCAUCGACAAUGUGAUAGAGCUGCAACCGAUCGUCGAGAGGAUAUUGCUGAAGGUCGAUAAGAAGAUGUUGAAGGGUGAUUUGAAGGGGUUCGGGCUUGAGGAGCUGGCCUUGGCUUUAGUCGAGCUAAGGUUCCUGGACGUGCUAAAGCCGCAGCUCAUGGUUGGGUGUUCCUAA